CCAUAAUGUAUCUUUCUUCCCAGUUCUCAUUUAUUAGCUGUCAAGUGGCUCCAGGUUGUAUGUCUGGAACAAGGUGACGGCUCGUGAACGAGCGACGAUAGAGCUUAGUUGCGAUCGCUCACCCCACUUACACAUCAUCUUCCCUCGUUCUCACAUGCAGCUGUUUCUUACAGCCGUAUUCCUAUCGUUGCUGAACACUCUUGGUCCUCCUCAGCCGUACAACGAGAUUUCGACCAAAGCACACGUCGAAUCGUGGAUUCCUUUCGAUCGUCUGGAUCUGGCGCCACUCACUGGUUGUUCGAACGUCGCAUCCCAACGCGUUUCGAGCUCUCUGCAAGUUCUAUGAUAUUGAGAGAUGGUUGAACAUUUACCUAAAGUAGUAGUAAAAGAUGCAGUUACAGAUGGAUAUGGCCCGAUGAAACAACGUCGCCGACCAGCUCGUGCGUGCCUGGAAUGUCGGGUACGCAAAGUCCGGUGUGACUGUAAGAGACCUUGCGAUGGAUGCGUCAAGACUCAAUCAGAAAAUUGCACUUAUGUUUCACGUCAACGCGUCGGAACUCGAUCAGCAUUUAGGGAAAGGUCCGCGGCAUCUCCUUCUGCUCCUGUUGAGAGCUACAGUCAUAACCACGAUGAUGAUCAAAGCAACACAGACUCGGCUCCGUCUAACCCUAACGUAUCGGAUCCAACCAAUCAGUUCGAGCUUACAAUCAAUCGUUACAUAGCACCUGGAAUCUUCGGUGUAAAUGGUGGACCCAAACUCCAGCCCCUGCCUGCGAACAGACCAGUGCUGAAUUUGAGAUCACACCCUGACUCGGGAACCUCAUCGAUGAUGAGAACAAUGUUAGAUAAGAUAAGUAGUCUUGAGAAUGAGGUCGCAGCACUUAAAAAUGGUGGGCAUGCCAAAUCUCGUACUGUACAAACCGACGAGCCAGACCAAUCAGAUCCUUCCCAUAAUCCUGAUGCUAGCAAUGAACAAGUAAACAAGAAAAGCGAAGAUUACGACGUUAUAAAGAAGAUCAAAACUAUGGACUAUAUCGUGACGAAGGCUCGCAUCUCGAACAUUCCGAUUUCUCCAGAGGUUAGGCAAUCGAUCCCAUCGAAAGAAAUUUGCGACAUGCUGGUCGACUGUUAUUUUCGUACGUUUGAAGGGGUCUUCCGGAUACUCCACAUUCCAACUUUUCGUACGGAAUACGAGAACUAUUGGGCUGGCAUCGUACCGGAUGAGCCCUCUAUCAUCUUCAAGAUUUUGCUAGUAUGUGCAAUUGGAGUGCCUUUCUACACGGGUUGCGAUCGAAUAAGCUUGCGCCGCUCUUGUGCGAAAUGGGUUCAAGCUGCUGCAGGUUGGCUCAGUGGACCUAGUCCAAAGCUACGGCGGAACACCACAGGCCUACAAGUCCAAAUUCUUCUUCUCCUUGCGCGUCAGGUGUGUGGCAUCGAUGGCAAAGAUAGUUGGAUUCCUGCAGGAUCUGUGCUAAGAAUGGCGAUGUUUCUGGGUCUGUAUCGGGAUCCAUCGCAUCUUGGCAUAACGUGUGCCCUCCAGAGCGAGAUGCGAAGAAGAUUAUGGACGACUGUCUUGGAGUUUACUGCACAAAGUAGUCUUGACGUAGGAAUGCCCCCGAUGAUUUCCACGAAAGACUACGAUACACGCCCUCCGUCUAACGUAAAUGACGAAGACAUUGUUGCGGACACUGAUACGCCACUUCACCCAAAGGCUCAAGCCGACUUCACUGAGAGCAGCAUUCAGAUUGCAUUGGCGCAGACGUUGCCUAUUCGUUUGGAGAUCAUGCGGCUAGUCAACAAUCUACGAUUCGAUAUGUCUUACGAGGACGUGUUGCGUCACGGCGCCGACCUUGCAAAGAACUGCCGUGAGAGUACCGCAAAAUUCAAAUCGGCUCUAGCCUCCCAUCAUAAUAUCACACCUUUCCAGAUCAAAAUGGCUGACUCGCUUGUCAGGCGAUUUGUUCUCUGCCUUCAUCGUCCAUACUUUGCGAAAGCAUUGAAGUAUCCGCGUUAUCUCUAUUCAAGGAAGAUGUGCCUCGAUACCUCGUUGGCGCUCUAUGCCCCAGCGAUAGAGAUAAUGGACGGCCAGGAAGACGAUUGGACACGCAUGACCCACCGGUGUGUAGGGUUCUUCGAGUCGUUCUUCUUGUAUGCCAUGUCGACCAUAUACAUUGAGUUCAAAUCUCAGAUUGAGGACCAACGACAGAGUGCCUCCUUAGUCGCUCCUCUAGUUUCGAGCCCGAACUCCCGGUGUGCAUUGAUAGCUGCGCAAUUCGACACGCUUCACAAAGUUCUCGAGUCAGCACAUCAAACGGCGGUGGCUCGGUUACGCAAUGGUGAGGCAAACGCAAAAUCUGUCGUGUUCCUGGCUUCCGCUCUCGCACGCAUCGAUGCAGUGAUUAACGGUGUCGAUGAUGAACAUGCUGGACUCGAAGCAGCGAGAACAUCAGUUAAGGAAGCAGCUCAUAUCAUAGCUGAGGUGUAUCGCGAAGAGCAUGGCGAGUCUAUCGACCUCAGUCCAUCACAUGCCCCCUUCGAAGGCCACAGUAACAGAAAAGACACAAGCUCGGAACGUGUGUUGGGCGAGAACGACUCAACAGAUACCGAAAUUACUGAUGGCCUUGAAGGAACGAUAUAUGAUGCGAGCAUGGGCCUUGAGUUCGACUUUGGAGCACCGGACGACGAUCUGGGUACCACGGAUUGGCAUGCUUUCCAGAAUUUCACCAUGGAUGGCGGUUAUGGAAAUCAGUUCGAUUGGGGAUCAGUUGAGCAAUUUAGUUCCAACACUUGGCCCGUCUCAGGCCAAUUUGGACUGGAUACAACGGGGUUCAGAUGAGAUUGAGAGGGGUUUGGUAACUGGUGAGGCAUGUCUACCUCGCAUAUUUCCUUGUCUCUGCGCCGUCUGAACAUCGAAGCUUCGAUGUUGUGUCACCAAAGUCAAUCUCUUGUAAUUUUGUAUCAUCUCUUAAGUACAUAUGUCCAAACUCAUGGUGUUAGUACCAAACGACUUGUCAUACCGCCUUGCUGUUUCUGUAUCGAAUAUCUAUUUCGCGUUUGAUUUUCAAUUCGCAUCGCAAUGGACACACAGAGGAUGUGUUGUCUAGUGGCAGAACCACUGAUCACAUAGCAGCACUGUAGAACUGACAACUUAGUUCUGAGCUCUGAUUGCAAAUUUUCUCACCCAGCCUAAAGGAAGUGUUUUCAGAGUUUUGAUCAAAGAACGUCAAACGUGGAGAUAAUACUUUUGUAUUAUUCCCAAGUUAAACAACCACCUCUUUUCGACGAGUCUCUAAGUAUCUAAACUGUGU